AAUCACUUCCACCGUGCUGUUGUUAUUACUACCUGGUGGUUUGGUCGAGAUAGGGUCUUGGCUUUUGAACAGAAAGACAAUUGCAACUGCAUGCCUAUUGGGCAUUAUAGCAUGGGCGAUAUCUGAUGGGCGAACUUCUUGGGCAUAAGUAGUCACAUUCUUGAAGAUUUAGUUGUCUUUGCUAGUGAACCAUUGCAUGAUUGCAUCAAACCCAGCAAUGAAAAAAGUAUAAAUGUUAAAGAGGUCAAAUAUUUGUUCUUAUCUCUGUAAUUUUAUUAAUAUCUGCAUCUUUACGUGACAUUUGGCAAGGGUCAUCAUGAUAAAGGGGGAGUAAAGUAUCAUAUGUUUAACGCCUUCACUCUUCACAUAAUGUGAUGUUUGCUACGUACUACUUUAUAGAUAGCACCGGACACAAAGAGACUUAACAAAAUUUAAUCUAAUCAACCUUGUCCAUGUAAAAAUGGAUGACAUAACAUUAGUAAGCAACUGUCUUCUUGAGAGGAAGCAAAACUGCAUACUUCUAUCUUCAAUGUGAGUUAUCAUCAAUGGCCUCAGUGCCUCACUCGGUAUUUUACAUUCUAGUCGAUUGGUACAUUGAAUUAGGCAUCUCACUAGUGUGACCCCAGCUGUCUCUUAGCUUUGAUGCAUCUGAUUUUGAUUGAGGUAGAGGAGAAAGAACUCGUGAAACCCAAGCCGUUCUCAUGCAAAGUACUGCUUGGACAUAAGGACUAACACAACAUGGAGCGAGGGCCAGUAUUUAUUGAUUAUAGAGACUAUUUUCUCUACCAUUGAGCGCUUCUAUCUAACAUUCAUCCAAGACUAUGUGGAGGGUGUUAGAAAUAACUACUGUUUCUAUUACUCCCUGCGAUCCAUAAAAAGUGCGCCCAUUUUGUACUAAGUUAGUGCAAAUUUUGUACUAAGUGGACUUUUUAUGGAUCGAAGGGAGUAUUUAGGAACCCUUAGGCACCAGAAAUGUAUUCAUGCCACUUGUAACUGACCAGAUCUGGUACAUUAUUAUUAUGAAUUGGUACUUUUUUUCUUCACACACAAGGCAACCUACACAUGCAUGCAAACACAUAUACACACGCACAUAAUGGUAUAUAAUAUAGGGUGGAAUACCCUAGCACCAUGCCAAUCAUUAACAGGUUGGCCUUAAUAAACUGUCCCCUGCCCUUAUCAACACUUAAUUUAUUUUCCCUCUUGGGGGAAGUUCUUUAGUGUUCCCCAGGUAUGCAUUUUGUAUUUUGCAGCCUAAGCCCUAGUUUGCAUCUCUAAUGACUGCUCUAGGAGUAUAAUAAGACCAUUAGCGUACGACAUUGUUCAUAAUUAGGGUCUAGAAUAACUGGUAAUUUGUGAUUUGUAUGAUCAAGCCCACAAGGAAGUUUCACCUAACAUAGACCUUUACCAAAAAUAUACUCACUUGCAUCUCGCGUGCAGCUGGCUUUGCCAUGGACUGUGCUUUGUUUAUGGUUUACAGAAAGGUGUAACAUACGCUUUCCUAAGCACAAUUAGAGAUCCUGUACCCUAGCACAUGGGAACGAAUGCUGAAUUAACACACAGGUGCACUCACAGUGUGGAGAUACUAUGGGCCAACUUGCCCUGUAAUCGAAUCAUCCAUGUUCAACUCUAAUCAUUCACCCUUGGUAAUGAUCCCAUUAAGACUGCUUUUGUGUUCUUUGCUUCUCGAUACAUCUUUGCAAUAACUGUUUGCACAGACUUUUUUCGCAUGUAGUACAAAUUAUGAUAGGCAUGACGGAUAUGUUCUGAUCCUUCUUUUCCUUGAGGAAGCUUAGCAUGUUCAGAUCAAAACUCCUUCUGUUUCUUCUGGAUUUUAGACAAAUAAAAAAUCUACAUAAUUUGCUGUGUGCUAUUCUGAUGACGCUCAAAUUUUAUAGGGCAAAUUGCGAAAUUUUUUUCAAUGAAGGAAAUAAAACCCAUUCUGUACGCGUUAAGCGGGACAGUCAAUACAGGGAGCAGGUUCUGAGAGAUGAACGAAUCCAAUGUCAAAAAAAUCUUAUCCCAUUAUGACAUGGAUGUGUGUUUUUUAGCUUUAGAUUUACCCCCUAAAGAGACGAUUGCCAGCUAAUCUCAUGCAGACAUUAUUCCAUUUGUUUACUCACAGUUCUUUGGCUGCUAUUUCUUGGAACUGUUUUGUUUGCAGGAAUCAAUCCUCUGUCCUCGCUUACACACCGGAUGGCCCGCUACCGCGCCGACAUUUCACAGCAAAGGCUUUGCCUCAUUCGUUCCUGAUGCAAGCCCAGCGUACAGCAUAUGGAUGGUACACAUGAAUUUGUGUGGCAAUGAUUGGAGAAGGAGACAUAGAUCUGCAGCAACCUUUCUGGCGAGCAUAAUGAUGCAUUAGAAGAUAAUCUGGUGGGCGGUCGGGUCCAUCUCAGCCCCUCCAUGACUGCACGAGCCCGGAGAUGGCACGGGUAAAUGCCUUCUGCCGUGGCUGGCCAGCGCUGCCGUGCACAGGACUGGCAAAAGGGAAGGACCGGCCCGCCGCGGAAGCGUGUCACCCAGUCAUGGAUGGCGGAGGAGAUAUGUAGGGGCUAACCCCACCCCUGCUGUCCUUGAAGGAGGCUUAGCUACGGUCUCCUUCUCAAAGAAAAAAAAAAGCAGAGCUAGGAAUCUAUCAAGACUUGUUAUCUACGUAGCUCGUGGUCCAUGUCCUGGCUCUUCUGGGGAGUUUGAAGUCGUAUCCUUUCCAAUCUUUGGUUUUUCUGCAUUUCUCUCAAGAUUCGGCAGCUGAGGAGGAAAAAGGCAGGGAGGGACACCGAGUCACUGGCCGCUGGGAGAAAGGUAAAGAUGUUGCAGAGGAGAAUAACUUGUAACUUGCAGGCCACUUCUUGCAGUGUUAGUUGCCAUGGAGGUUGAUACAUAAGUGCUUGUUGUGGUGGCGGGCAGUUAAGAUCGAUAGACAUGAACGAGAGCAGUGAGAAAGGGAUGGAGGGGAACGGGUCCUCUGGCCCCGGCAAUGGCAUCCCACCCGUGGAGUGGCAGAACCAGUUCGCCGGCGGCUUCUCGGCACAGCAGCAGCAGCAGCAUACCCACAUGAUGGACUCCUUUGCGGCAGCGGCGUCCGGCAUGUGGGCGGCGCCCUCGCAGAACAUGUCGGCGCUCUCCGACGUCAGCGGCAUGUCUCGCGGGCAUGGGCCGGGGUUCUUGGGGCCGGUGCCCGGCGCUUUCCUACCGCCGUCCUGCCUCGGGGGCCAUUUCCCCGUGGACUCAGGCUUCAUCGAGCGUGCCGCGCGGUCGUCCUGCUUCGCCGGCCCCGGUGCCUUCGGCGGCGGCGGCGAUCAGCACAUGGGCAGCGCUUUUGGCGGCGUCUCAGAGGGGUACUUGGAUCAUCGGAGCAGCGACAAGGCCGAGCCGGAGAUCGCCGGUAACCAGGGGGUGCCGAGCUCGGAGGCGGCAGGCGGAGACUGCUCGUCCAAAGGGUCGGACUCCAAGAAGAGGAGAAGGCCUAGUGAGGUGAUGGGAGCCGAUCAGGUGCAGUCUUCCAACGUGGCCGCCGAUUCCGCGAACGAGAGCGUCCACAGCAAGGACAAGGGCGAGGAGAGCAGCCCGGCAACGACGACGACCGGCAAGUCCAAGGGGAAGGGGGCCAAGGAGAGCUCCGAGAAGGAAGACUACAUCCAUGUCCGGGCCCGGCGCGGGCAGGCAACCAACAGCCAUAGCCUCGCUGAAAGGCUGAGAAGGGAGAAGAUCAGUGAGAGGAUGAAGCUUCUGCAGGACCUCGUUCCUGGCUGCAGCAAGGUCACCGGGAAGGCGGUGAUGCUCGACGAGAUCAUCAACUAUGUCCAAUCCCUGCAAAGACAAGUUGAGUUCUUAUCGAUGAAGCUUGCGACAGUAAACCCGAGGCUUGACCUCAACAUAGAAGGGCUUCUCUCAAAAGAUCUUCUUCGUUUUCCUGGGGUUUCUUCAUCCUCCAUAGGAUUCUCCCCGGAGAUGAUGCACCCGCAGUUACAGCUAUCGCAGCCGGGCCUGAUGCAGGGUGGCGCCGCUGGCAUGGCCAACCAGGACGUGUUCAGAAGAAUCAUGCAGGCGCAGCUAGGUGCAAAAGAUGGAUCCCAGAUGCCCCACGCAUUGAAUGGAUCGUUCAGCGAUCACGUUGCACAGAUGGCGUAUCCGUCCAUGGGCUCCUCGCAGGACGGGUUCCAAAUGUGACCACCGAGAAAUGCCAGCUCCGCUCCACGCGUGCGUGAGCUGCUGAGCCGAGGUUUUGGUGCUAGAUGAUAGCUAUCUGACGAGUGACGACGAACAAGGCAAAGCAGGCCACGGAGCACAUGACCGACUGCUGCUGCUGCUGCCCGUGCACGCAGAGAGAGCUAUUAUACCUCAUCGCGUAACUGGACUGGAGUCCUUAACUGCUUCGUGCAUGGCUCAGGCUGCAAUGUAUAACGAUCGUGUUCAGGACUGGGACUGGGACUGGGAAAAGGAUUUGAGGCCCACGGACGGCUGGAGACGCUGGGUGAAAUCUGUUGGGAAUCCAGUCUGGCCUGGGCGCAUUCAUGGUGCGCGAGGUGGUAGCAGCAGCAGCAGCUGAAUUGCUGCUGCAGGAUAUGUAUGAUGUAAUGCAAUGCGGUCGAGGGGUUUGUGUUGGGUUAGUUGGUUCUGUUGCUUUUGCUUCGAUGCUUAAGGAUGCAAAUUAAUUGACCACUCCUACACUAGGAUUUAUCAAACAUUGGCUUUUCUCCUUGUUACGAAAGAAUGAUAAUUACGAAAGAAUGAUGGGUUUUUUUUUUU